UUUAUUUGAAAAAAAUAUUACAAUCAUUCAAUAGACUUCCGGAAAAUAGCACACACAAAAAUCACAAAUGGCUUGUUGUACAAGAAAAUUUCCCGAACGAAAAUUUUGUCCAAAUUAUAAAUGUAAACCGUUAACUGAAAAAUUCUAUGCUCGUCACGAUAACUUCUACAUUGCUGGCGAUAACCUAAAACAAUAUGAAUAUUUUGCUAAUGAAAUCGAUAAACGUUUAAAAUACGAUGCACGUGAUCGCUAUUUAGCACCAAUAACGGAAAAUCAAACAUAUGGCUGGUUAGAACGUUUGGCCGAUAAAUAUACCGGUUUGGAUUAUGAAAUUUUAAUGCAUAAAAUUCCACACGAUGAAAUGAUGCAUAUUAUGAAACAAGUUUCCUUUGAUAUUAAUCGUGCAAAUCAAAUAAAGCGAAUGUGAUUUGAUGAAAAAUCAAACAUGUGAUUUGAUAAAUUAUACAAACGUAGUGUAGCGCACAGUAUAAUAAUUUAGCUGACAUUUUGUCAUUUAAUAUCAGCGAAAAAAAUUUUAUCUAGCGCUAACUGUAAAUAGAAAAACUUUAUAAUUACUGUAAUUAAAUUAGCGUUACAAUAAUGUGUAGAAACAAUUAUUUACUGUUUUGUAUUUAAUUAAAUAAAAACUUUAAUUGCUUAUUCAC